AUGGAUGAUUGUAUUAAUCAAGAAGCAAUUGCUGAUAAUAAUGCAUCUGUGAAUAAUAAUUUGUCUGUCGAUCCUCCUAUUUCGAAUGAUGCUGCUAAUUCUUAUCCUCCUAGUUCUAACGAUAAUAUGCUGGAUGGUGUUGUUGGUAUUGGACCUGGUUAUAGGGGUUCUUCUUAUGAUAAAUUAAGGGUUCUCUUGUUGGCUGAUCUUAAAAGAGAAUGUCAAAUGCUAGUUGAUAGUUAUGGGAGUGCAUGGAGAGAAACCGAAUAUGCUUCAAAUAUGGUAAAAAAUAUUUCAAUGUUAUAUCACUUGUUUUCUGAGGUGACUGAAUGGAUUGACCCUAAUGAUAUUGUGUAUGUUGUGACUGAUAAUGCGGCCAAUUAUAUUAUAGUUGGUAGGCUUAUCAAUAAAAAAUAUGAGAAUAUUUAUUGGUCACCAUGUGCUGCUCAUUGCCUUAAUCUUAUUCUGAAAGAUGUAAGCAGUAUGGCGCAUAUUUCUAUCCUUGCAUCACGUGCUUCAAAGAUUACAGUAUUUGUAGCUGCGAGUGCUAUUAUUUUAGAUAGUAAAUUUUGGGAUGAUUUCUUUACUACAUGUAAAAUUGUGGAUCCUUUGAUUAAAUUGCUGAGGAUUGUUGAUGCUGAUGAUAAACCACCAUUGAGAUAUGUAUAUGAAGGAAUGCUAAGAGCAGAAGAUGCAACUAAAGAGAUGUUUAAGCAAAACAAGACUGCAUAUCAGUUGUACACAGAUAUUAUCAACUCAAGAUGGAACAAGCAUUUGAAGAAAGAUCUUUAUGCUGCAGAUUACUUCCUGAAUCUUUUUUUUUUAUAUGAAAAUGAUAAAGAAGCACCUGAUUUUAUGCGAGGUUUACUUGAUCUUGUUAUCUUGUAUUGCAAGUGUAACAAUUUGGAUUCAGUUGAGGCAAUGAAAGAAAUGCAUUUAUAG